GAGCGAACAAAACCCCAACGUUCAGCACCACUAACCUGCAGUUCGUCUUCCUCUCGUCUCCAAACUCACUCUCUCUCUCCGUUGUUCUCCCGAGAUCCAGUCUCCGCAAUAAUGGCGUCUUCUCUAUCUCUCAUGACGGUUCUCCUUCUUCUUGUGCUGCUCCCCAACACGUCCUGGGCAAGUCACGAUGCGGCAGCAGACUCUUCCGGUGGUAGUGGUAGCGGAGACACGGAUAUGAAAGCUUACGAGAACUGUCUGGCUAACAAGCAUGUGACUAUGACGAUGCAGAUGGAAUCCUCGCCCGGCGAGUCGGAGCACGAAGCCGAGCCUGCCGCUCAGCCGCAGACGCAGACGGAGCAUUUCGAAUUCGCCGGCAGCAGUAUGGCCAUGGAGCUGAAGCGCAGCUGCUGCGAGCUCGGCGCGAGGGUACCCGCCGAACGAGCUGCUGCCGUGGAGUUCAAGCAAGGGCCAAUGCACCAGUAUGGCGCCGCCAAGGCUAGUCUCUCGACAGGAAGAAAGGUGGAGUGCACGAACAGAGCAUACUGUUGCUGCAUGCAAGCAGGUAGUGGACAGUGCGGAGUUCUCGAGACUCUGUUCAACUAUGGCGAGUAAAGCACGGAGAGAUUCAGAAUCCCAUGGCUCCAAGUUGGUCAACUGACACUACCUGUGUGUGUGUGUGUGUGUGUGUGUGUGUGUGUGUGUGUGUGUGUGUGUGUGUGUGUGUGUGUGUGUGUGUGUGUGUGUGUGUGUGUGUGUGUGUGGUGUGGUGUGGUGUGUGCAUUUGAAGAUUUGCGUGCUUCUCUUGCCACGGGCGUAUACAUGGUACAUGGUAUGGUACAUGGUGUGUGUGUGCGUAUGUGUGCGUGUAUGUGUGUGUGUGUUUGUUUGUGUGUUUGUUUGUGUGUGUGUGUGUGACUGACUGUGUUUGUGUUUGUCCAUGUACCGGCAUGUGUGGGUGUGUGUGUGCGCGCGUGCGCGUGUAUGUGUGUGUGUGUGUUUGUGGCUGUGUGUGCGUGUGUGUAUGUUUGUGUGUGUGUGUGUGUAUGUGUAUGUGAGUGUGUGUGUGUGUGCGUGGUGGUUCGAACAGUAUUUCACUGUUAUCGUAUAAGGACCACAAUGCCCUGAUCUGGUACUACACUGAUGCAAGAUUCAUUUCCCCACUAGUACCUUGCUGUUUUGUUCUAUAGACUAUUGACCUUGGAGGCUUAUGAACUGCUGCCAUACCAGUACACGUGCUUGGCUUAGAACUAUAACCUCACUGCUCUCGUCUAUUGCUGGCUCGACAGACCUGACUAACCAUCAUCAUUUUCAGCGCGGCUUUUCAGAAUAACUAUUGUACAAUGUGCAUGUCCAUGUGCUGAGUAACUUCUCCCACAAAGCUGCAACACAGUAUAGAGACUUCCGCUCAUUUCUCCUCAUUUAGUGUACUGUGCCAUAACGGAGCUGUGAACUAGGGCACUACACUCCUACACUGUUAUUUUUCCGACUCUCGUAAUGCUUCAUGGGCUCGCUCCUCUGCAACCGCUGUCUAGUGACAUUGAAAUGAAUUAUUAUUUAGCCAUAACACUCCGAGUUUGCAUGUUUUUUUUAAACUCUUUGCCAUCAA